AAUCACGUAUAAAAACCCCGUUGCAACUUUAAGAAAGUACUUACAUUCAGAUCGUCAACACUCACUUAAAAAAACCAAAAAUGAUGAAACUUUUCGGACUCUUUAUGUUGAUUGCUGCCAUUUUAAUAAUGGCACCAACAUCAAUGGCCCAGUGUAUUGCCAAUAGAAACGGAUGUCAACCUGACGGAAGCCAAGGAAGAUGCUGCUCUGGUUUCUGCUACAAGGAACCAAACUGGGUUGCUGGAUAUUGCCGUUAAAAUUUCAAAAAAAGCCGGAUUCUUGUGAAAAAAAUAACAUUUAUUCACCUUUUUUACAUUUUUUGAAAAAAUUCAUUAAAUACCUAAAACAA